ACAGGAGACACCGUCAUCGGGCAUCAUGGCGGAGCUGGGGAUAUCAACAGGUGAGCUCGUAAACGAUGCUAAACCAGCUCGGGCUACCCAGUACAUCGCUGCUCUGUCAGCAACGAUGGGGGCCCUCUGCUUCGGCACAGCCCUCGGUUACUCCUCUCCGGCGGGCAUCUUGCUGACCAACAACUCCACCGACAGUUCCCUGCAGCUGACAACCGUCGAAAACAGCUGGUUCUCCUCGUCAGUCAACCUCGGGGCUCUCGUGGGAGGGCCCAUCGGCGGCCUCUGUAUCAACGCCAUCGGGCGGCGGGGAACCAUGCUGGCCCUGUCCCCUAUUUUCUUCGGAUCCUGGACGAUCAUCGCUUUCGCUCAAAAUUUCGCCAUGCUCCUGGUGGGUCGCCUUAUCGUUGGACUGUGCACAGGCAUGAUGUGCAUUGCAGCUCCCACCUACAUCGGGGAAUUCGCCUCUGCUGACAUCAGAGGAAUGUUAGGCGCAGGUUUCCAGCUGAUGGUCGUGAUUGGCAUUCUCUACGCAUACAUCUUCGGCGCCUUUAUAAACAGCUGGCAAAUAUUGGCAGUUGUAUGCGCUGUCCCGACAAUCAUUUUCUGCGUGUUAAUGGUCUUCUCCAAGGAGUCCCCGAGUUACCUGCUCUCUAAGGGGAAGGAUAAGGAGGCUCAGGAAUCUAUGCGAUAUUUCAGAGGACCCGACUACAACAUCCAGCCGGAGAUGCAGAUGCUGAAACAGAGCCUCGAGGACUCCAAAGCGAACAAAGCUUCUUUCUCAGACCUCAAGCAGGGGUAUAUCUUGAAGCCUCUCCUUAUCGCCGUUGCACUCAUGUUAUUCCAGCAACUCUCGGGCGUCAACGCUGUUCUCUUUAACUUGAAGACUAUCUUUGCGGACUCAGGAACAGACCUAUCCGAUGACGUCAGCUCCAUCAUCAUCGGUGUAGUUCAGGUCCUGGCCACUGCUGUCGCUAGUGUGCUUAUGGACAAAGCUGGCAGGAAAUUUCUUCUGAUCAUAUCUGCGGCAGCCAUGACUGUUUCUCUCGUCAGUCUCGGAGUUUUCUUCUACCUGAAAGACCACGGUGACGUCAGCGCCCUCGGAUGGCUCCCUAUUACGUCAUUAAUCGUUUACAUUGCGUCAUUCAGUAUCGGCUACGGACCUAUUCCAUGGCUCAUGAUGAGCGAACUUUUCUCGGCCAACGUUCGUGAAGCUGCCAGUAGUUUGAGUACAAUGACAAACUGGACAAUGUCCUUUAUUGUCACGUACUUUUUUGAGAGUAUCCAGGAUGCCAUCCACGAAUACGGUGUGUACUGGCUCUUCGGUGGCGUCUGCGCCGUCAACUUGGUCUUCUGUGUCCUGGUGGUGCCGGAGACGAAGGGAAAGACCCUGCAGGAGAUCACGGCGUUCUUCGGGGGUCCUGCCACGUCCCCAACGCCCGCCAGACCUUCAUCGCCUUCGUCAGCGUCCGAGAAAAUGAGAUGGUAGAGCUUCAUCGAAGAAAGUUUAGUAAUUGGGUGGCUAAAAAAGGAUCUACUAGUCAAGGAUGGUUAAAGGAUCUGCUCGUGAUGGAUCGUUGGAGGAUCUUCUGGUCAUGGAUUGCUAAAGGAUCUUCAAGAGUCCGAAAACUGAUCCCUGGGUCCGAAGGCUAAGCAUGAAAAGCACGGAUGGAAUGGCCUUUCAAGACCAAUAGGAGGUCGAUCGACUUAUGAUAUUUCUUUCCUUGUUUUACAACAAAUAAAAUAAAUCAAUCCUCUACAAUACAAAAGCCAAAGGUCCAGCAUAAAACAGCAGUGUGGCUUUGGUAAAGAGAAGAGAGGAAUCCGCAGAGUGUGUGAAGACCAUAUCUUAAAUGACCCAGGCUUUCCUGCCAAAGUCAAACUACUAGCAACACUAGUUUUGAUUUAUGAACGAAAUAAAAAUAUAUAAAUGCAAUAAACCAAUGUGUUAUGCAUGGAAUGAACAAGGUAGAUAUUGCAAUAAAGAGAAAUAUAGUAUUUUGGCAUAUAUCGCCUUGUUUACUAUGCAGGCAAUUCUAGGCGACUGGUACUUUAAUCUUCUCCAUUUUCUAUACCACAUAUCACAUCACUAUUUCAUCUGUAACACAUCUUACCUUACUCGUAUUUAUGUACCUAUUAUCUCCCGCCCCCCUUUUUUUCUUUAAUUGCCUACGUCCAUGCUGAAACUUCACUAAUUCAUUAUCCACAAAAAUCUCACCAUUUUAGAGGUAGAAUUUUCUCCACUUGUAAAUGUCUGUUAAAGAGGUUAGCCGUUGUACUGACGCUCCCGUUUUCUGUUGUAGACGACAAGAGAUGCUGACUGAGUUUCUUAGGUUGUUAAGUUAUAUAAUAAAUAAUAUUGUUGA